CUGAUUUCCUGACUAGAUUGGUUUUACUAACGCAGCUCAUACUUUCCAAUAAUCAGCUCUCAGGGGAUCUUCCUCAGUUCAGCCAGCAUGUUUUGGUCACCGUAAGUGGAAAUCCAGAUCUAAAAAUGAAUGAGGCACGACCACCAAACACUUCCUCGGAAUCGGAGAAGAAGAAAGAAUCGGUAGCCGUUGCAAUCACUGUCGGAGUUGCCGCCUUCUUGUGGUUCUUCGUCCUCUCGUUCCUGUUUUUCCAUUUCCUCUUAAAGAAGAAAGCAGAGAAGAUCCAGAGAAGAAGACAUAUCAUAACCAUUUUUACGUUUUCUUUAGAGUUAGAAACAACUUCCAUGGCUGUAAAAUUUAGAUUAAGAAGCCGUUCACAAAAUAUAGAUCAAGAUAAUUGAUCUUCCGUAUGCUCAAAUAAUUAAAUACUUUUUCU